AGCCAUAUAAUUUAUAAACCCACAAAAAACUAAAAGCACAAAAACCAUUCAAUUCCUUACAAUACAACUUAACCAACCCAUAUAAAUAAUACGAAUCUUAACGUGUUCGUGUUACUAACAAAAAUACCAUUCAUCCUCAAAAUCCUCACAGGUCUCUCAACCCCUUGUAUAUAUAAAUAUACACACACUCUCUUCUCAUUUCCAUUUCUCUUCCUUGCUCAAACGACUUCUACUACAACUACUACCACUGCUUCACGCCAACAGCCAACUUAACCGUUUUCCGCCGGAAUAUUCUUUCUUAUUCCGUUUACUCUGUAAAAGAUGAAGAAGGUUAGGGCUUGUGAGCUUUGCAGCGAAGAGGCUUCGCUGUACUGUGCUUCGGACUCUGCGUUUCUUUGCUUUCGCUGCGACGUUAAGGUUCACCAGGCCAAUUUCCUCGUCGCUCGCCACGUUCGCCAGGCGCUCUGCUUUAAAUGCGAGGCUUUCUCCGAUCAUCGGAUCUCCGGCGCCGGAAACGAUCGUCUCCGGCGGUAUUACUGCCUGGCUUGCUCGCCGGAGGACGAGGUCGGUUCCGAUUACGAUUCUUCUUCUUCGGAUUGCGUUUCGAGCUCUGAGUCGUGCGCCACUGGUCCGAAGAGAGUCGAGCUCGAAGAUCGGAGUGAGGAGGUGGAGAAGAAGAAGAAGAAGAAGGCCGCGAAACGCAGCGUUUCGAGCUCCGUCACGGAGAUCUCCGGCGGCGGCGACGAUUCGGUGUUUCCGGCGAAAAUUUCAGUGAAGAAGAGGAGGAAGGUGGUGGACGAGAAGGCGGAGGGUAUUUUCGUAAAUUGGUGCAGGAAGCAUGGGGUGAAUGGUAAUUUGGUAAUUCCGUUAGCAACCAAAGCGUUAGAAUUUUGUUUGUGCAAAUUGACGGUUUUACCCUUCCGAGUCUCCGUGGCGGCGUCGUUUUGGCUAGGCUUGAGAUUUUGCGGGGACAGAUCGGUGUCCACGUGCCACAAUCUGAGAGGUUUAGAGGAAGUUUCUGGAGUGCCAGCUAAGCUGAUCCUGGCCACAGAGGUUAAGCUCGCACGUGCGCUCAGAGUCAGGAAGGACAAGCUCGCACGUGACAACACUUCAGAGGAUGAGGAAGGUUGGGCUGAGUGCUCGGUUUGAGUUCUUCUCGCACGUGUGAGUUCAUGCACACGUGCGUGUGGUGAAAUUUAAGGAUUAUAUAUAAAAUAAAAUAUAUUAGCUUUAGUCCUAGAAAGAAUCAAAAUUAAUUUUUGUAAGUUUAUUUUAAAAAAAGAUCAUGAACGUUUCGUGCAGGGAAUCUGACCGUUGGAUUGGUUUGAGUUUGUAAGUUUGAUUAUUGUAGAUUAAAAUUCUAGACCUCAAACUUGUUCAGCAAUAAUGGAGUGACUUUAAUUGUUUAGCAAGAAAGUUUGAAUUAUUUAACUUCAA